UGAUAAUAGUGUGUUAAACAAGAUAUACAAAGUUAAAUUAACUGAUGUUAGAUAUAUUUAUAUUUGAAUCGUCAUUACAUAAAAUUACAUAAAGACAUUCGGGGUGGUUAAAAAAAACGGACCUAUCAGGCUCUUCGUCUUCGAUCUUCAGGGCGUAACCGUUUUUUUCUGCGAAGAAGAGGAGAGUGGACGGUUGGCUAUUCCAAAGAGACUUUGUCAAGUAAGAUGUCGGACACCGAGUCGGUAAAGAAAAUGUUGAGGGCUGUCCUCCAGUCUAGCAAGACUGGUGUGUCUGUCAAUAACCUCCAGUCAGAGUAUCACUCACUGUGUGGGGAGUUCAUCCCACUGAGGAAGCUGGGCUUCUCAAAGCUGGAGGACUACCUCAAAAGCAUUCCCUCCGUGGUGAAGCUGGAGAACCGCAUGGGAGAGCUGAGAUGCCUUGCUGCUGUGUGCGCAGAGACGGCUCACAUUGCUGAGCUGAUUGCCAGACAGAGGAGCUCAAAGAAAUCCGGCCGCUCCCAGGUCGUCAACUGCAAGAUGAGAUACAAACCCUUCAAUCCCUACAUGCUUAAUGUGUUCCCACAGUCCUCUCUCCGCCAGCCAUCCGCUGGGAAUUAUUCUAAUUGGACAGCAAACCGCUCGGGGCCCCGUGGCGGACACAGGGGCUGCAGUGCCUCAGGAGAUUUUAGGCAGCUGGACCAAAAGUUGAGAUUGGUCACCCCCGUUGAACAUAGGGUAUCGUCUCCGCCACCAGCUGCAAAAGAGAAUGUCACACCUGAAAAGAUAAAACAGUCUCCGGUGAGCCCUGUAAACAAGAAUCCCAGAGCAGGCGCUCUGAACCAAGUCUCUGUCCGGAGCAAACCCCAGAUUGAUCUGGAUCCGUAUGACGUGGCGCUGGUGCAGAGCAGAGUAAAGCAGCUUCUGGAGAGAUGCCCUAAUGGAGUGUGGAUGUCCAAGCUGUCGGAUAAGUACAGUGAUAUGUUCGUGCAGAAGCUUCAUCCUCAGGCACUCAUCGAUCUGGAUAAGUGGCCACAUAUCUGCAUGGUGGAGAAAGCCUGCAUCUCUAACCGCGGCGACCAACUCAUCUUCCCUCCUCUGCCUUCCUCGUCCCCUGCCAGCCCCGUCAGCAGCAACAACUGCUCUCCAGUGUCACGCCCCAAUUCAACACUUGUUUCUUCUCAUCCCUCAGCAUCUAACCAGCUUUCUAAAACGCCGUCCCCUUCCUGUAAAACGCCGUCCCCUUCCUCUAAAACGCCGUCCCCUUCCUCUAAAACGCCGUCCCCUUCCUCUAAAACUAGAGAUUCCCCCAGAAGCCCCCUGGCUAGCCCCACCUUUAUUUUUCCUCCACAGUCUGGUGCUGCUGCUUCAGGCAAAGUGCUUCCAUCAGUGACAUUACGCAGCCCUGCCCCGAACCCGGCUCUAGCUCCCCGACUCCCCCAGGGUGCUAAUCACACUGUAUCUGCAGGCGAAGACGGUAAAAGUCAGACCUUUCCCACAAUUCCUCCAAACCGAAGCGCUCCCCUUUUAGCCCCUACCUGGACCGCCCUCGCGUCGACCAACGCGUCCUCUUCCUCUUCCUCACUCCAGCCCGACCAAGACGUUCUUCCUCUUUUGAAAGCCACGUUCUCGUCCCCUUCCAGUUCUGCUCCCAGUCCUCCCUCGAAGCCUUGUCCUCUCGUAGUGUCCGACGAGGUGCGUCAGAAAAUAAAGGAGCUCCUUUCAAAGUGCAGUAAAGGCCUGUGGGCCGACGCGCUGCCCAGAUUCUUCAUGGACGUGUACAAGACGCCCUUCCCUGAAGAGAUUCUGGAUAACCUGUGUGUGUUGUGUGACAUUUGUACCGUGGAGUACCCGUUGCCAAAUAACAAGAAGAAGGCAAUUUUAUAUUACUCAAGCGAAGCUGACAUGAGCCUGACUAACAGCGAGCAGACCAAAACCAGCCCACUCCCUUCUGGGUUGGACUUACUGGGUCCUGUGAUUCCUCCGCCGCUGACCCGGCCCCAGGAACACUGUCCUUCCGUGUUGGUUGCCGAGGCCAAGAGCACCAACGCGCUCACCAUCCGGUAUGUAGGUCAGAACUACUCAGAUGCUCAGGAAGCCAUGGAGGAUGUCAUGCAGACCUUCUACACCAAAAACUCCACAAGCAUCCCUGUAUGUGAGCCAGUGGUUGGUCAGCUGGUGGCAGUCCUUGGGGAAGAUGGAGAUGAGGUGGGCAGAGCGCAGGUGAUGGAGGUCGUGAACGGCAACAAGGUCAAGGUGUUCUAUAUGGACUAUGGCUUCUCUGUAGAGACCAGUAGGAAAUGUCUCCUGGAACUGCAUCAGGACUUUCUCACUCUGCCCUUCCAAGCUACUAAUGUCAGGCUAGCAGGGUUGGAGGCGUUCAGCUGUGACCCAAAAGUGCUGUCCACUUUGGAUAAACUGGCAGUGGGAAAGAUCCUGCGGAUGGAGACGUUGAAGCCACGUCAACACAACGAAAUGCCCACAGUGGUGCUUUACGAUACAUCUGAAGAGGAUGAUGUGAACGUCAGCUCCAUGUGCCUGAAGGCUCUCCAGGACAAUACGAUGAAUAACCCGCUGUUUGAAAAUGUCCUUCAGGAUGUGUUUGUGUCAAGCAUGUGUGCAGAUGGGAGUAUCAUCUGCCAGCUGCCCUCCCGAGGAACAGCCAGACUGAAAAAGCUACUGGAGGACGUUGAAGCUUUUUUGACAUCCCAGGUCACUUCAGAGUCCCUGGUUUGCAGACCCUUCAGCGGCAAGCUCUGUUUAGCCCGAUACAAGGAUAAAUGGGCCAGAGCGGAGAUUACGUACAUGCACGACAACCGAGUGAUGGAGAUUCUCUUCAUUGACUUGGGAGUCACAGCGACUGUUACGUUCACCGAAGUUCGAGAGAUUCCUCAGCAUGUUUUAAAGGAAUAUAUCAUCAUCCCCCCACAGACUGUCAAAUGUCAACUGGCUGACCUCACCGUUCCAGAGGAAGGCUGGAGCCAAGAAGCCUUGUCGUUACUGAAGGAGACUGUUCUAGGAGCAAAAGAGCUCAAAAUGAAGAUUUCAAAAGUAGAAGAGAUCAAAGGAGACAAGGUGAUCUUUGUGUACCUCUUUGAUGUUGGUGACAGUCAGGAGUUGCACCAAAGUAUCAACCAUCAGCUUGUCAAGUCCGAGCUGUGGCAGAAAGUGUCAGCGCAGAACAACAACACACUGACCUGCCGUGACAACAACAUUGUGGACACAGAUCUCACUGCUCUCAUGGAGCGGUGGACUCUGGGUAACCCGGUCCUAAACCCCCUCAUCAAAGCCUCAUCUGUGCCACGUGGCAACGUAGAAGAUGUAGCACUGAAAAGCAGAAGGGAGCCCCUUCCAUUGCCCCCUCCGCUGGACCUCCCCCAGCCUGGUCAGAACAUGGAUGUGUUUGUACCAGUGGCGUGCCACCCAGGUUACUUCAUAGUACAGCCUUGGCAGGACCUCCACAAGCUGGUGGUGUUGAUGGGAGAAAUGGUCCUUUACUAUAACCAGAACGGAAACACAAGCACAACAAUGCACAUCCAGAAAGGACACAUCUACGCUGCCAAAUUCAACAAGAAUUGGCACCGUGUGCAGUUGAAAGGGAUUCUGGCUAACGGGUUGGUUUCUGUCUACGACUUGGACUACGGCGAACACGAGCUGGUCCCCCGCACUCAAAUCCAGCCUCUGAUAGAGGAAUUCAGACAGCUGCCCUUCCAGGCUCUUCCUGCACAACUAGCAGGUGUGACACAACGGCAGUGGUCAGAGGAGGCCUCUGUGUUGUUCAGGAAUCAUGUGGAAAAGCGACCGCUAGUAGCUCAGGUGGAGAGCGUGCAGGAUGUGCCCGAGGCUAAAGGUGAGCUGCGCGAGCGCAAGUUGACGGUUUACCUGGUGGACACUUCAUCGGAGAAGGACGUCUGGAUUCACAGCAUCAUGGCCGACAUUGGAGAUGAGCUGUCUUCUGCUGCAGAGGUGUCCACACAGACAGCAGUAGAGUAACCAGACUCUUGGACAGAGAUGUAAAAACAAGCUCCUUUUGUUUUGAUUCGUUGUAAAAUAAAAAGCAUGAAAGGAUUUUGGGGGUUACUUCCCUGGAUUCGGUUGUUUGUUAUUUUAAUUUUUUUUCCAGGGCUAAUAAUCAGGCUGUAUUUAGGCCUGAGUGAUCUAUCAUUUGUGGUAGGUAUGUUGUCUGUAAAAGAUGGUUACUUUUCAUUUAAGGACAGGAUGAAUAUGAAACACUUUUCUAUAGCUUAGUGUUACCAAUCAGUCGCUAAAUCAAACCCCAUACUCAGGACUGUUCAAAUUUGACCGAUUUAUAUUGUUUUUGUUUGUUUGCUGUGACUUUUGCAUGCCAUACUUUGUGUGUUUUUGUGGGAUAUGCUGCUGGUUAAUAGUUAAACUACUUUAAUAUACUGCAUGUUUGUACAUGGUUGUAUUUUCAUUAAGCAUUAUGGUUCAUAUUUCAGUGUUUUACUUUACUAAAUGUGUGUAUUUACACAUAAAGGGAAAUUAAUCCUGUUCCUGUUUGAAAAUAAUAAAAAAAAGU